CACGCACCUGCUCUAAUCAGAGACUAUUAUUUAAGCCUGUUUUGCCAGUUAGUCGUCCUGGCGACAUUGCUCUGUUUUGACUUUUCUUGCCCUAGUUCAUGGUGUUCCAUUCAUGCCGUGUCCAUAGAUACCGGUAAGCGGACCUGAGUGGUCUUCAACAAAACGUCGGUUGUUGGAGCGGCCCAAAGUGAACACGCCUGCACUUGUGUCAGAAAACCACUCAAUCUCUCCUCCUCCUUUUCCUCGUCGUCCUUCUCAUCCUCACUCGGGUUCAGAGUCAAAAAAGGAGACGAACAGACGCCAACGCCUCGCCCAACUCAACGCCGUAUUCACUUCAAAAGCCAUGGCGCAGACAGCCGAGGCCGUGUCAGCCAUUCUGUCCACCAACAGGAAUUGCACCAUCGAGAUAACCAACGUGAGCAGCAACUACUGCCUGAUCAACCCCAAGGUUUUCAUGUCCAGCGGCUUCUGCCACCACCCGCCGCAGCCAACCAUCCGCAGCACCCACACCGAGGUGUGCUCCUUCAUCAAAGACGACCACACGGCCACCGGCGCUGUGGGCCUGCUGACCUACGACCUUUUCCACAUGCAGAGCCGGGUGAGCUCGCAGCGCAUCGCCAUCAUGUUCUCGGUGCCCUACGACCACAACCUGUACAAGAACCGCCUGGCGCUGGGCGUUCUGGAACAGUCGCACAACUGCGACAAGAAGCUCUAUGAUCAGAUGUACGAGGGCAAGGACCUCAGCCACUUCAGCCGGGCCGACGCCACCGGCAGCGGGCUGGUGUUCAGCGCCAACUACGUGGACGUGAGGGGCACCAUGUCCACCGUGGGCAAGGCGAUCGUUAAGGUGGAGAUUUACGACCAAAUGACUCGUUAGGAAUUAAUUUGCUACAAUUCACAAUAAAAUUUGUCGGAACUUGAA